AGUAAUUUAGCGAGAUUAAGACAUCCCUCUAUUCUUGAAGUUGUUGAACCAUUGGGUGAAUCACGUAGCUCAAUUGUCUUUGUUACUGAGCCUCUUAUAGGUUGCUUAACUCACUUAAUUAAAAGCGAUGAGCACUAUUCUUCAGAUUCACAAGUAUCAGUUCUGGAACUUGAUGAACUAGAGAUUCAAAAAGGUUUACUACAAGUGGGUAAAGGUCUUCAAUUUUUAAAUGAUGUUAAAGUUGUUCAUCAUAAUCUCACAACGGAUGCUAUAUUUGUUAAUGCUAAAGGUGAUUGGAAAAUUGGAGGCUUGGGAUUUAGCAUAUUUUUGAAUACGGAGAAUUCAAGCGAAAGUUUUGGCUAUGAAAAUAAUGAUUUUUUACCUGAAGCAUCUAAAGUCAAUCUUGACUAUGCAGCACCUGAGUUUGUGAUUGAUAAUAAUAUUUCACAAGCCAAUGACAUGUUCUCUUUAGGCUGCUUAGCAUAUGCAGUUCAUAACAAAGGCAUUUCAAUAUUAAAAACAUUUAAUAGCUUUCAUGCAUAUGAAAAUCAAAUUAAAAGUAUUCGAUCAAAUUCAUUUUCAAAUAUGCCAGCACAUCUUCAAGAUGUUAUUCGAUCAUUAUUAACGAGAUAUCCAAAUCAGAGAAUGGAUCCUAUUAGUUUUCAAAAUUCCAAAUAUUUCGAUAAUUUACUUGUUUCUACAAUGAAAUUUUUGGAAAGUUUUCCUGAAAAGACAAAAGAAGAAAAGGCUCAGUUUAUGAAGGGCUUAUCACGUGUUUUGGUUCAAUUUCCCGAAAGAGUCCUUAAAAGAAAGAUUUUGCCUUCUCUGUUAGAAGAGCUAAAAGAUAAUCAAUUGUUACCUUACACAAUUCCUAAUAUAUUUUUUAUCACACAAAAAUUAUCUCAACAAGAGUUUUGCAAUCUGGUUCUUCCUUCUUUAAAACAUGUGUUCCAAGUAAGAGAUCCGCCACAGAAUAUGAUUGUUUUAUUAGAAAAAUUAGAUGUCUUGCAGGAAAAGACGCCUAGAGAAAUAUUUCGUGAUGAUGUAAUGCCAUUGGUUUAUGCUGCAUUAGAAAGCACUGCUUCAGUUGUUCAAGAAAAAGCAUUAAGAAUUAUUCCAUCAUUAGCCGAAUCAUUAGACUAUACGGCUAUUAAAAGCUCUUUAUUACCUCGAGUUCAAACUGUUUUUGUACAAACGACUAUUUUAUCUGUAAAAGUGAGCACACUUAUAUGUUUUCAUGCCAUGAUAAAAGUAUUGGAUAAAUUCACAGUACAAGAGAAAUUAGUUCCUUUACUGAAAAAUAUCAAGACAAAAGAGCCUGCUGUGAUGUUGGCUACUUUAGCUGUUUAUGAUGAGAUAGGGAAAACUGCUGAUAAAGAAAUUAUUGCUACAGAAAUUUUACCCCAAUUAUGGAGAAUGAGUUUUGGACCUUUAUUAAAUUUGGAGCAGUUUAAAAAAUUUAUGAAAACAAUUCAUGAUUUAACAAACAGAGUAGAAGAAGCUCACACAAAGCAUUUACAAGAAGUAAAAGCCUUAGAAGAACAGACACGUAGUGUAAGUAAUUCAGCAGAAAUAGUAUCAUCUCAG